AUCAGAUUUUAAGAAGAUAAAUUGUAGAAAUAGGCGGAGUUUAUGACUUUGUGGCUGUGUUAACUAGUGAAAACCAAAACGUAAUUUGUGGGGGCUGAAGUAAAAGGAAUGUAAAUGUCGGAGGACCAGGAAGCCCAGGAGGAUGAGUUGCUUGCUCUAGCGAGUAUUUACGAUGAAGAGGAGUUUCACAGAGCCAAAUCUGCACAGGGCGGUGAGAUACAGCUAUGCCUUGAACUUCCUCCUAGUUUCAAGUUGAUAGUCAAUGGAAACAAGCAGACCGAAUAUGACAUAUCUUUCCUACCUCCUCUGGUGCUUAACUUUGAACUUCCUGCUGACUACCCUUCUUCCUCAUCUCCGGUCUAUACACUAAGUUCCAAAUGGCUGUCAAGGGACCAGAUGACUUCUCUAUGCAAGCGCCUGGAUGGGCUGUGGGAGGAGAACCAGGGCUGUGUUGUUCUCUUCACAUGGAUCCAGUUCCUUAAGGAGGAGGCCUUUGCCUUCCUCGACGUCAAGUCUCCCCUGGAAGUGGUCAAGGGGGGCAACGCUCCGGUGGAGUGGAAGAGGAGUGAGGCUGGUGUGAAGCGGGCGGGGAGUCUAACCGGGGAGAAGGACAAACUGGAGCCCCUGCUGGAGCUGGACCCCCGUGCUGUCCUGGUGGUUGACCCCCGUACUGAUAUCCUACCUCAGCUCCUGGACUUUGAUGAAGCUCAGCGGCAGAAGGUGUUUGACGCCAAGGCGUUCUGCUGUGGUAUCUGCUUCAUGGAGAAGCUGGGCUCGGGCUGCCUGUGCUUUAAGGAAUGCCAGCACGUGUACUGCAAGACCUGCAUGACGGAAUACUUCCAGAUUCAGAUCCGCGACGGCAACGUUCAGUGCCUUAACUGCCCCGAGCCCAAGUGCACCUCCUUGGCUACACCCUCACAGGUCAAGCUCCUUGUCGGGGAGGAGUUGUUUGCGCGUUAUGACCGCCUUCUGCUUCAGUCCAGCCUGGAUCUGAUGGCCGAUGUGGUGUACUGCCCUCGCCAGUCCUGCUGCCAGGCUGUGAUGGUGGAGCCAGACACCACCAUGGGCAUUUGCCCUGCCUGCCAGUACGCCUUCUGCACCCUCUGCAAACGGGGAUACCACGGCCUGUCCCACUGCAAGGUCACAGCAGAUGAGCUGCGAGGCCUGCGGGAUGAGUAUAUAUCUGCCAGUGCCGAGGGGAAGAAGUUCAUGGAGCAGCGCUUUGGGAAGCGGGUCAUCCAGCGUGCUGUGGAGGAAUCCUUCAGCAGGGAUUGGCUUAAUGAGAACUGUAAAGGCUGCCCUCGCUGUGGCACUAAUAUACAGAAGGUUGAUGGCUGCAACAAGAUGACUUGCACCUCGUGUAAGCAGUACUUCUGCUGGUUGUGUCUGGGCCAGCUCACACGUGUCAACCCCUACAGCCACUUCAACAACCCCUCCUCGCCUUGCUACAACCAGCUGUUCCAGGGUGUGGAUAUUGAUGAAGAUGAUGCCUUUUGGAGUGAUGAAGAGGACUGAUGUGCAAUACCUCCCAUGCGUGCUUCAUUUGUAUGCACUUUAACCGCCCAUGGAUUUAGCAAUACAAUUUCUCACCAUCAUUGAUCAGGCAUUUACUUACCCAAAAUAUAUCAGUCAUUUCUGAUGGUUGAAUGGCUAGCGGAGAGCAAUUCCAGUUAGAAGUAGGCACAUUACCUUACUCCAUACAGCAGUCAAAUACUCAGGGCCAGUAUUUUUCUGAAGGAAUACUUGUGAAGAGAGUGUGAGCGAGUGUACCAAAAACUAAUGGGUUAGUUUGUUUAGAUGAUUUGAACAGAUAACGUUGGUAUGUUUUAUCAAUCUCAAUAUAAAAAGGAAAUUCAGGGAUACGGGGGUGAAAUCUUACAAUCAAGAACAGAGGACAACAUUUUGGGAUAAUGUUUAUACAAUUGAAUGUCUGUCCUUUAGAACCACUUUAAUCAUGAUGAGUUAACUCUCUGUAUACCCGGAUACCAUCCAAACCAUGAGCUCACAGCUUGAUGUAAAAAAAAAAAAAA